CUGAUCGAGACGUUGGGUGUAGAGCUGUACAAGGGUAAUCGGCGGCAACUGCAAGUUCUAAUGGAAAACGAUCGCUCCCACAAUGAGAAUAUACCGUUAGUGCAGGUUCGCGAUGUCAUGAAGUACAUGAAGCAGCUGUUGUUUAUGACUCGAAACCAGGAACAGCCGCCUUCAAAGCGCACACGUAUAAGCUAGGAAAUGGGUUGGGGAGCACAACAUAUACAACAACAACAGCAACAACAACAACAACAGCAGCAGCAGCAGCUGCAGCAGCAACAACAGCAAGCUCAACAACAGCUUCAGCAACAAUUGAAACACAAGUCGUCUUCGUCUUCAUCGUCAUCCGCAUCGGCAGCUUCGUCGUCCGCCAACACCUCGGCAGCAGCAGCACAACUUCUUCAACAACAACACCAACAACAUCAUCAAAACGCAGCUGCAGCCGCGGCUGUAGCAGCGGCAGCAGCCAUGCAUGCACCGCAUAGCGCGCAUGUAGCACCCCUGGCACCACCGCUACCACACCCUCACACGCACCCGCAUUCGCUUGAUAUGUUGUACUCCCACAGCCGCCAACAACAGCAACAACAACUCCAACACUACCACCAACACGCCCAGCAGCAACAACAGCAUUACCAACAAAUCAGCGCCGGCAAUAGCAACAACGGCAGCACUAGCAACCAUGGCCACGGCCUAAGUUCACAAAGCGCUGGCAGCGGCUCAUCGUCGUCGUCUACGUCAAAGAGCAGUAGUAGCAGUGCAUCAAAUGGCAAUGUUUCGCGUCAUACUGCGUCCUCCACCAACACCGCAGCGCAGCAGUUAGCCGCCGCAGCUGCAGCCGAAAGUGCAGCUGCUUACAACUUCUUAUGCGGCUCCGCAGCUGCAGCUGCCGCUGCCGCUGCCACCAUGCUUAGUCCACCGCUAAGCGCCAAUUCUACGCUUGCAGCGGUCAAUCCAUUUGCAAAUCCUUUCGAUUGGCUGGGAGCAGGCGGUGCUACAGCUGCAACGGCACACGCAGAUAAACAAGCACGCGCCGCUGCAGCAGCAGAGAAGCAAGCGCGCGCUGCCGAUGCUAGUCGCUACAAUCGCGCCGCUCAACAGCAGCAACACCAACAGCUACAGCAGCAGCAACAACACAAUAGUGCAACGGCCGCCACGCCCUCGUCCUCCACGGCAGCAGCAGCGGCUGCAGCAGCUGCUAAUGAUUUUAUGUCGCUCUUCAGCGCCGCAGCUGCAGCAGCAGCAGCUGGAGAGCACGCGUCUACGCAUCGCAGCUCCUCGAACGCCUCAGCGGCUUCGGUGGCAAGCUCGGCUUCGUCUACCGCAGGCGCCGCGGCGACUACGGCACACAAAUUGAGCUCAGCGGCAUCGUCAGCAGCUUUGGCAGCAGCACACGCAUCCUCAUUAUUCUCGCCACCAUCAGCGGCGGCGGCUGCAGCCAAUGCAUAUCACUUGCAAUCGCCUAGUGCAGCGGUAGCGGCGGCCGCCGCAGCUGCUGCAGCAGCAGGAACACACGGACUGCCGUCGCCGACGAUAUAUCCCCCAACGCCGCCGCCAUCGACGCCCUGGAUUCAUCCCUGGUACGCGGGUGGCGAGACAUUUUGAAGUUGACCCGGACGCGCGAUAUAAAACACAACAAAAGGCGUGACAGCAAAUGCGUUGGUUAAGGUGGGAUAAAAAAGAGAGUUAGAAAACGAGGAUAUCGAGGUGAAAUUGUUUGGUACGCAUGAACUUGGCAAUAGUGUUAAAUUUUAUCAGCGGAAGCGUUGCGGUCUACCGAUUUUAUUACUUUAUGUGCACAAUUCGUUUGCACAACGUUGAUUGCUGUUUAUUAAGUUGUAUAUUAUGUUGUGCUAUGUACAUUUUUUUGUUUUGAAAACUAUCGAAUAUAAUCGCUUCAUAUUGAAAGUGAUCUAUCUAACAGAAUUUAGGUUAUAUUUUGCAUUCAAUUUUUACUGGGAUAUUUAAUUUGAAUAAUUUAUUGCUGUAUUAAAAAAAUGUAAUCCUUUUGCAUUGAGUGAUUUAAAAACAUUAAGCUUGAGUAAGAGAAAAAAAUUCGAAUGCGAUAAAAAAUGUACACCUCCCCAGAAACCAUAAAAAAAAAUAAUGGAACAAGAAAAUUAAAUGAACAAACACUGAAACAAAGAACUGAAUGUAAAUUUAGUAAAGCAAAAUUUUAAUAAAUAUGUGAACUGCUUAAGGUACUUAAUAAUGUAUUUCUCCAAGUACGCAAGCGUUUAUGGAUAUUUGAAAAAUUAUUCGCUGAACAGUUAUCAGAAAAAGCGUUAACAAGUUCAAUAACAAGUUUUCUUUGAAACAUAAAUGUCACACUAAUAGUUUUGUAAGUUUGACUGUAAAUAGAGCAUAGCAGUAAUGUAGAAAAUUUAGGUUAGAACCUACUAUAAAUAGGCCAACCGUACGUUUACUUAAAAUGACGGCAAAUGGCCAUUCUUAUAAGUAAUUCACCAUUAAAAAAAUAUUCACUCUCAGAAAACUACACCAAAUUAAAUGAGAAAUCAAAUUUCGCUAGAUUCAUAUAAAUGCAAAAACAAAGAGCCGGAGUAAAAGUUGUCAUGUCAUUCAUGUAGACUCAUUGUCUAUUAAAACUAAAUUAAUUAUAGUGGAAACUUGAAGCGUGAACACACAUUUCUUCUAAGGAAAAAUAUGAAACAUUUUAAUAACGGAAUUUAAAAUGGCUUUAUAGAUGUUGACUGAAGAACGAAAAAAAAAAAACUAAAAUCGAAGUUCCCAAAAUCUUAUCUACAAUUAUAUUUAGUUAGUCUGCAAAUCAAAUUGCGAGUUUUCCUUACAUUCUAAAAUAUUAAAUUGGCCUAUAGCCUACGUACAUGCAUACGCAAAAUUAUUCUUUUUUAACCAAAUGCUCGUAAGACAAGCAACUUCCGUAUGAGAAAUAGUUAGCGAGUUCAAAUGUAAUCCGUUUUAUGGAUUAAGCACAUAAGUUUAUCAUUUGUUAAUUUCUGUUAUAGAUAAGUAAUUAAAAAACACAAAUUAAGCCUGCAAGUAUUUCUCGCUCCUUAUUAGUUAGCAAUUGAAUAAGCGUUACUUUAUUUUUUUUUUUUUAUAGCGGUUUUUACAUAUGUACAUAAGUUUGUAUGUAUGCGUAAAUGUAGCAUUAACUUGAAUUUAAUUUGUUUUUAAUUUAUUUUUUUGUGUGAUUUUCUAUUAGCAAAUGCGAAACAGGCCCAAAUUAAAUAUAAUUACUUUAUUCAAUAAAAAGCUUAAAAAGAUGAAAAUCAAAGACUAGAAUUACUGGUGUUAAAUUUAGUAUUAAAUUAAAUAAUCAAGCGAAAAGGAAAAAAUAAAAACAUAAAAAUUAUAACACAAAUAAAUACAUUAUACAUCAUAUUUGCUUAAUCAGUAAAUAAAGAAUUACAACAAAAUGCAUUGUAAAUACA